GAGUGUAUGCUUGCUACUGUUCUGCCUCUUUUGUGUUGAUAUCUUUGCAGGAUUGAGAGCGUUUGAAUGGAUAUAACCAGGUGCACGGAGAAAUGGGAGAGGACUCCUACAUCCUCUAUGAUGCUAUCUAGUAAGAAGUCAGAUGCUGGCUCUUCCUCCUCUUCCACUUCGUCUUCUAUAGCAGUGGUAGGAGGUGAGAGGGCCCCAGUCUCUGAUUCCCAGACUGGACCCUCAGUUUCAACGCUAGGUGUUAUGGAUGUAAAGAAAAAGGAGAGGUCAUCCCCGAGUGGGGAACCUGGAGGAGCCCCUCUCCCCCAUCAUUUAGGCCCUGGAGGGGUAGAUCAAGACUCAGCGGAAGUUCGCAGGACAAGUCGACGCAAGCGAGCAAAACAGGUGGAGUACCGUGAGAUGGACGAGAGUCUCGCCAAUCUGUCUGAGGACGAAUAUUACUCUGAGGAGGAGAGAAAUGCCAAGGCAGAAAAAGAGAGGAAGCAGGUCAUCCCUCCUCCUGCUCCACCGGUAGAAGAGGAGAAUGACAGCGAACCCGAGGAACCAUCAGGUGUGGAAGGAGCUGCUUUUCAAAGCCGUCUCCCUCAUGAUCGCAUGACAUCACAAGAAGCUGCCUGCUUUCCUGACAUUAUCAGUGGUCCCCAGCAGACUCAGAAGGUCUUCCUGUACAUCCGCAACCGUACACUCCAACUUUGGUUGGACAACCCCAAGAUCCAGCUGACAUUUGAAGCCACGGCUCAGCAGCUUGAAGCUCCAUACAACAGUGAUGCAGUUCUGGUCCACAGAAUACACAGCUACUUAGAGCGACAUGGCCUUAUUAAUUUUGGCAUUUACAAGAGACUCAAGCCUUUACCCAAUAAAAAGACAGGAAAGGUUAUAGUCAUUGGUGGAGGUGUGUCCGGCCUAGCUGCAGCUAGGCAGCUGCAGAGCUUUGGCAUGGAUGUCACUGUCUUGGAGGCCAGGGAUCGUGUUGGCGGCAGAGUGGCUACAUUUAGGAAGGGAAACUAUGUAGCUGAUCUUGGCGCCAUGGUUGUGACAGGGUUAGGAGGAAAUCCUAUGGCAGUCAUCAGUAAGCAGGUUAACAUGGAGCUGGCCAAGAUCAAACAGAAGUGUCCAUUGUACGAAGCCAAUGGACAGGCUGGUGAACGGUGCACAAGUGUGCCAAAAGAAAAAGAUGAGAUGGUUGAGCAGGAGUUUAACAGACUGCUGGAGGCCACCUCCUACCUGAGCCACCAGCUGGACUUCAACUUCCUCAACAGCAAACCUGUUUCUCUGGGACAGGCCUUGGAGGUGGUCAUUCAACUACAGGAGAAGCACGUAAAAGAUGAGCAGAUAGAACACUGGAAGAAGAUUGUGAAGACUCAAGAAGAUCUCAGGGAUCUUCUCAACAAGAUGGUGAACACCAAGGAACGGGUUAAGGAACUUCAUCAGCAGUAUAAGGAGGCCAGUGAAGUGAAGCCACCCAGAGAUAUCACAGCCGAAUUCCUGGUGAAGAGCAAACACCGCGACCUCACCGCUCUAUGCAAAGAGUACGAUGAGUUAGUGGAGAUGCAGGUGAAGCUUGAGGAGAAGCUUCAGGAGCUGGAAGCCAAUCCACCCAGCGAUGUUUACCUGUCAUCGCGGGACCGACAGAUCCUGGACUGGCACUUUGCCAACUUGGAAUUUGCCAACGCAACACCUCUCUCCACCCUCUCUCUUAAGCACUGGGAUCAGGACGAUGACUUUGAGUUCACCGGCAGCCACCUGACCGUAAGGAACGGUUACUCGUGCGUGCCGGUGGCUCUGGCUGAAGGUUUGGACAUCAAACUAAACACAGCGGUGAGACAGGUCCGCUACACGGCAUCAGGCUGCGAGGUGAUCGCAGUCAACACUCGCUCCACGACGCAGACCUUCAUAUACAAGUGUGAUGCUGUACUGUGCACUCUACCUCUGGGAGUUUUGAAGCAGCAGCCUCCUGCCGUGCAGUUUGUUCCUCCUCUGCCCGAGUGGAAGAUGGCCGCCAUCCAGAGGAUGGGCUUCGGCAACCUCAACAAGGUGGUGUUGUGUUUUGACCGUGUGUUCUGGGAUCCCAGCGUCAACCUCUUUGGUCAUGUCGGCUCCACCACAGCAAGUCGCGGUGAACUCUUCCUUUUCUGGAACCUCUACAAAGCACCAAUCCUGCUCGCGCUGAUGGCUGGCGAGGCGGCUGGCAUCAUGGAGAACAUCAGUGAUGACGUUAUCGUGGGGCGAUGCCUCGCCAUUCUCAAAGGAAUAUUUGGAAGCAGCGCCGUGCCGCAGCCAAAGGAAACAGUGGUAACUCGGUGGCGUGCCGAUCCGUGGGCACGGGGCUCCUAUUCGUACGUUGCUGCUGGUUCUUCAGGUAACGACUAUGACCUCAUGGCACAACCCAUCACGCCCGGCCCCGCCAUACCGGGAGCCUCACAGCCUGUCCCUCGUCUGUUCUUCUCUGGAGAGCAUACCAUCAGGAAUUACCCCGCUACCGUUCACGGUGCCCUGCUCAGCGGGCUCCGCGAGGCGGGACGCAUCGCAGAUCAGUUCCUGGGUGCCAUGUACACACUCCCCCGACAGGCCACACCCACAGCCGCCAGCAACCCUCCACAGGCCCAGCCCACUCCCAGUGUCUGA